AUAAGGACAGAGGCCCAUUUCAUAAAAUGCAAGAGCUUCACAUGUAUCACUGUGUGCACAAUCGUCGCCUACACUCAUCACAUCACUGCCUGCCCCCAUGUGCUUUUUUUGAGUGGGAAGAGUUAUGUGAACUUGGCUAUCUCUGCAAAGCCCUCGUGCCACAUGUUCAGGAGCUGUGAGAUGAAGGGUUUGGGUGCAUGGUUACUCCUACACCACAGAAAAUGUUUUCAGAGUCCUCUGAAACCUUAAAGACCAGCUCAGUAUGUGUUCAGUGGGGAAAAGCCAUCAUGUGUCUUACUUUAGGCUUUUCUAACCAUUUUUCAUCUCUCUAGAGACUUGAUGGAAGAUCUGGCCGGCUUGCGCCUCCCUCGCCCAUGGGAUGGCAUUUCAUAUUGCCACACGAUGCGCUGGAAGGAAUGAAGGUCACUAGCACUCCUGCAGAUGCUUCUUAGAGCUGUCAGAACAGGACCAACAAAGAUGUUUGCAAGGCUCCAUGUGCUUGUGCUGGCUUUAUUUUCCAAAGGAGGCUUCCUUUCUCUAGGUGACCACAACUUUAUGAGGAAAGAAAUUAAGAUUGAAGGAGACCUGGUUCUGGGUGGUCUGUUCCCUAUUAAGGAAAAGGGCAGUGGAGCAGAAGAAUGUGGGAGAAUCAAUGAAGACCGAGGUAUCCAGCGUUUGGAGGCAAUGUUGUUUGCGAUUGAUGAGAUCAACAGAGACAGCUCCUUGCUCCCAGGAAUUAAGCUUGGAGUUCACAUUUUGGACACUUGCUCCCGGGACACGUAUGCAUUAGAACAGUCCCUGGAGUUUGUCAGGGCUUCUUUGACUAAAGUGGAUGAAGCCGAAUAUAUGUGUCCUGAUGGGUCGUACGCGAUUCAAGAAAACAUCCCACUACUCAUUGCAGGAGUCAUUGGAGGUUCUUACAGCAGCGUCUCCAUACAGGUGAGAUAUCUUAACACUUAAGAACAAGUUUUCCAUCUCAAUGUCCUUUUACCUACUCUACAGAAUCCAAUGGGGAAACACUCAUGAGCCCAUGUGGGUGUCAGGGAAGAACCAGACAUGUGGGUCAUGCUACCCAGCUGAGGUUCCUCCCAAAAGGAGCUGGAAAGUGUAGCAGCUCCUGUCAGGCAGAGCCACCUGAAUUACACUCAGCUAGCAGGCAGAAAAGGACGGCUGGAUAAGGAGGGCUGCAAAGGAUGGGUGGUGUGUGGCUUUGGGUAUAAAAGAAACCACAAGAAUGAAAGGGAGUUUGAGAGACUUGCUGAUGAAGAUUGGUGAUCAUCAUUUGACCACAGAGGAUAACCCUGAAGCAUGAUGUUCACUGGCAGGAGCAGGAGUUCAUCUCCUUUCCUUCACUAGCUUGAGGCCAGAAUUAGGACUAGUGGAAGAGAGGGCAUUCUCCUUCCAAAAGCCCAGGAAUUGCCUUCACAUGUGGUGGACCAAGCUGAGUUCAAUUCUGCUAUGGAUGACUUUGACAUAAGAAUACUGAGUUCAGUUUGGAAAUGUCUUCUCUAGUUAAACUUGGAUCGAUGUGAGAUGUUGUGUUUACCCUAACUCAGUAGUGGAGCACAUGCUUGACAUGCACAGAGUCCUAAGUUCAACCCCUGGCAUCUCCAGGCUCUCAGGCAGACUCUGGAUUUAAAAAAUCCUGCACUUGAGAACAUGGUAAGCCACUGCCAAUCAGCGUUGGCAAUACUGGGGUAAGGGUAGGCCAAUGAUCUGAUUCAGUAUGGGGUCACUUCAAAUAUUAGAGGGGGGGUCACCUCUGGCCUGGAGACCAAAUGUCGUCCUCCUGGCCUCUCUAUUUGGUCCUCUCCCCAAGAGACACCCCUCACUCGCUUGGCUCUUUGAGCUCUUUUGCCUGGCUGGAACGUGUCCUUGAACUGAGAUGAUGCUUGCCUGGUUCCUAGUUGCUGUGGAAAGCAGCUCUGUGGUGUUUAAAUUUGAGUCUUAAACCAACACAGUUGUCUCCAGUUCUGUACAUGUACCUGCAGGCCCUCUGAUGUCCUUCCCGCAUAAUCAGCUAGAUGUAAACAGAGCCAAGGCUGGAAGUGAUGGAGGAACACUGCUGUCCCAGAGAUGUCUUGAAAUGGGACAAUUCUGCUGGUGGAGAGGGCCACCAGCAAAAGCAGAGUGACAGCGAGCCUUGGAGGUAGUGCCUGACAGGGAAGAAUAAGGGUGCGCUAUGCUCCAUUUGCCCUCACCACAGGCUAUUUGAGAAGACUCUCAAAGAAGGGCCCACUUCAGCUAGAUCUUCAAGGUGGACUCUAACUGUUUCCAGACAAAAGGAGGCUUGGGGAGAAUAAGUUGCUCCUCUCCAAGAACGUCUGGGUGCUCUGGAGCUGUAAGCAGACUUUCGUUCUCAAAGAAUUGUGAGUUUUGGACUCAGUCUAGGGGGCAGGACCUUGCAAUAUGGAAUAAUGAAACUUACAAAUAUAUUGGUUUCCUCUUCUAGUGAAACUGGCAUAAAUCACUUGUGGGACUAACAGUGCCCACCUUAGAAUCAAAGAAAUGGCAUUAAGGAAUGUAGACCUUUGGGGUCAUCUCAUCUAGUUUCCACGGCUAACAGAAGGCUCAGAGCACUGGAGUACAUUGUCCAGUUCCAAAUGCUCAGGCUCUCCUUCAUGACUUGAAAUUAUAAAGGUGUAACAAGCAAUGCAUUUUGUACCAGCUAUAUGUGUUUACAAGCUUCUGACUCAAGCAGACCUUCCUCCUGAGAUCAAUAGCAAACGGCCUCAGUGCUAGAAUGCAGGAUUAGGGUCCAGUUGAAAAGAUUUUUUUCUGGAAAAGAAAUAACAGCUGUGGAUCUGAAAGUUUGCUCAAGCACUUGAAACUCAAACUGGGGACAAGGUGACAAAGAACUCAACUGGACAAUGCACAUAGUAGUAGUAGUAAUACCACCCUGCCCAUCUGGGGAACUCUAUAUGCACUCUAUGUUCAGUAAGGUUGCCAUUCUGUGACCAUUCAGCAUAAAACCAUGGUCACAACAGGUCAGGGAGACAGGGUUGAUCUGUGCAUGCACAUUGCUCUGUAGAGCACACACUGAAUAGGCAGGGACCUUCCUUGGACAGUGGAGAGGUGAGCAGACACCCUGCCUCCCAUGAUGCAUGUAACAUAGCAUCUAAGGUUACAUGGAGGCGUGACUCUACAUCACCAACAUAUAAGGUUGGCAGAGAAAAAAUCUGCACCUGCAAUUUCCUGAUUGUCAGCUGAUUAAAAAACCCCAACUCUUCUAGCAGCAGUGGGAAAUCUAAAGCAGACCCACCUGGCCUCACCAUUUGGCUCAUGAAGCCAUGUUGGCCAAGCCACAGCUACCUGUCUUACAUGUCAGGUGUGGGGCAAGUAAAGAUCUCUCUGGGUCAAAAAAUGGGUUUGCAGGCUCCACUGAUCACUUAAACCAGUAGAGACUUGUGUGUGGCAUUUUGAAGUUCCAACCACAAGCUGAUUUCAGGGCAACAGGCAUUGUGCAUUAUAAGCUUAAGCCUACAUGGUUUAUUUUCAAACUGUACGGAUGAAGGGGGUCACCUGACAGCACUGUGACAUCAGGUGCCCACCUGUCAAAUUGGCCUGUUGGGGUGGGAGAGAUAAGGAUCUGGACUUUUAGCCAGAUCCAGAUCCCCACCCCUGAUUUAGAUUAUUUAUAUGCUAUUCUUUGCAUAAGCCACAUUUUACAACAGUGGUCAAAUAAAAUUAAAAGAAUACAUAAAAUCCAUUCAAAAGCAACAACAACAAUGCAACAAAUCCCUAAAUCACAAUUACUAAUAGGAGCAGCAGGAAUGAAUUCCUUUGUCUAAUCAGGUCUGUCUCCUCCAGUAACCAUAAAAGGUGUGUCCUAACCAGUCACCUAAAACUGUAUGGAGAGUUGGGGCCAGAUGCACCUCAGUGGACCACCACUGAUGUGUCCCUUUUAGUCACUGUGCUACAAUACAUCUCUGCUCUAGUGGCAUGGUCCUUCCACAUGUAAAUAUCUGUUGAUCCUUUUAGAUCUAUUUGGGCUUUCAGUUACCUCACAUGUUUAGAAUUGCCUGAGGGUGAGCAUGGCCUUGCUGCCCAGCCCAGCUGCUCUACAGCACCCCAAUGCCCAGCCCCACCAUCGGCCAAGCAUUGAAGGGGGAACGUCUACAGAAGGGAGCCUGUUGUACUCAGGAAGCUGCUGCACAUAAUUUUGAACCCUGGCCAUCCUGCAUGUUCCUGCUGUGAGCAUUGAGCAUGGAGGGUGGCAAAGCCUAGAAUGGCAGCAUGAGUGGGGCCACACUCAGCAUGAAUGGGGCCACACCCACUCGUGGGGGAGCACUGAAUGCCCAAAGAGAGUUUAAGAAUCUUAAAUAUACACUCCUAAAUUAGAAAUCAAUGGGCCAAUGGGUGACAGAGUUGAUGGGCAUUAGAGCUGAAGUCUCCUUCAGGCAAUUGCUCCUUCGGGCAAUUCCCUCCAGCACCUGAUGCCUGGGCUGCCUGUGGUGCUUUGAAGUCCCAAGUUUGGGACUUCAAAGCACCUGUGAUGUCAGGCGACUGACAGGUGGGCAGUCAAACUGGGUGCACAAAGCCAAAAAGGUUCCCUAUGCCUGACAUAGGGGAUGUCAGGGCUGGUUCAGUUGCAAUUCAGCACUGAGACUCAGAGAUGAGCAAUAAAGGCAAUUCUUUAUUCAAGGAAACGGAAUUCAAACUGAGAAUCCUAUGGGCAAGACUGGCCCUGGUAAAGCAGUUGCCAGAACUGACCAUCUGAGUCUCCUGCUUCCGCCUGUCUCCUUCCCAUCUGGCUCUUUUCGCAGCAAUCUUAAACUCCAUUUAGCUGUGCUCCCUGUGCUCUUUGUUCUGCAAAUCUGCUGGAGAUAAGCGGGGAGGGGAGCUCAGUACAGCAGGACUGGCAGGCUCCUCCGACUCUGUUACAGCCUCACCCCCCUCCUUCCCAGCUGCCUCUUCUUCCUCUCUCUCUCACCUGUCAGCACCCCACCAUUGUGUUCCCCUUCAUCCCCUGACCUGUCUUCCAUGUCUACCUCCUCUCCCCUGGCUCUGAUCCUCUUCUGAGGCUUCCACAGAGGGUUCUCCCAGGGAUGUACCAUCACAUCAAAACCUCACACUUCCACACAUUGGAAGUUUUAGAUGUAUGCACAUCCGAAGAACUCCCUGCUUCUCUGCCGCAAAUGGAACGUAUGAAAUUGACUUGCCCUGAGCUAGGUCAGUGGUCUAUCUCAUAGCCCAGGGUUUUCCUCAAUGCAGCUGCUCUCCAAGGUCUCAGGCAGAGAAAGCCUUCCUCCGUGUAUUCUUAAGAUCCUUUAACGGCAGGGUCUUUCUGCGUGCAGAACAGAAGCUCUCCCAUUAAGCCAUUCGCUCUCUCACUUUGUGUUCUGUUGCGGGUGGGGGUGGGGGUGGCUUGCUUUCAUUAAUCCCUGGAGUGGGAUGAUCCAUCACCAUCAUUGUUCCAAAACUGCCUGUCAAAGAGAACAAAGGGAAUCAGGGGCAUCAUAUUGCUUAAAUAUGGGCAGUGGGUGAAGUAGGUUUGAAGCCACCUUCUCCUGAAUAUCCUUAUGAAAAUCAGCAGGAAGGCUCCACAGGAUGUGUCUUGAGGCUCAUAGCUCACCCUCACUGCAUGUUUCAUGAUAAACACUGUGAAAGCAGAGUGAUAAGGUGUGCUGAGCUGAGCUACUCCAACAAAGAGCACCUCCCUUUCUGCCUGCCUUUGUUGUAAUUUGCAGCAAUAUUUACAAUGUCCUGCAAAUUCUGUCUGGACAGCUGUCAGUCUGAUCCUUUCUUUCUCCUGCCAGAUUCUUGCUUCCCUCAUCAUCUCUCCCAUCCACAAAAAAUGGUAAAUAAGCAAUGAGCAUCUUGACACACACAGUCAAUAGUAAAAAUUAAAAAAAUCUAAAGAGCAUAAUCUGGAGCCAAUUAAAAUCAUGUGAGUGUGAAAGAGAGAUGGCAGCAACAGUUUGCCUAGAAAGACCAGUGGGGGAAUAGCACUGUGUGAAUUUAGCUUUGCGAGAGAAGGAAGAAUAUCAUUCUUCUCAUGCACCUCUCAUUCCUGAGCUCUUCUAAUGUAAUUCCAUUUAAUUAGCUGUGCUUUCCUUCCAGAUUUUUCAUGUCAUUUCAUUUUGGAUGCAAUUUGGAUUCCCCCAGUCUGGUUUACUAACAAUUUCUAAAUAGGAUUUGAUUAAUAUAGUUCACACUUUUCAGUAUCUGCUAACUAUCCAACCAUGUAGGCAUCUCCACCACCUUAGAAGGUAUUCCAGUAUUCUGAGGUCUAAUUGGUCAUAUAAACAGUAUCGCUUCUCAGUUCUGUAAACUCAACAGCUCCAUAAAAGCUGGACACCACAGGGGCAUAAUGGGGGGGGCUGGGGUGUGUGGAUCCAGGCACAUUUUUGAGAGGGGACACAGCCAGCCAGCCCGCCCCCCCAGCUCCAUAAUCUGAGCCUGGCUCCAAAUGAAACCAGCAUAUAGGGUAUCAAGAAACGGCCAGACAUAGUCUGAAGUACAGUUUCCCAACUUGGUGCUCUCAAGAGGUUUGAACCUCCCAGCAGGCCUAGCUGACAUCACCAAUGUUCAAGGAUGCCGGCCGGGAGUUGUAAUCCAAACCAUCCAGAGAGCACCAGAUUAGAGAACAAUGGUGAAGGCACCUGGUACACCAACAGAAAAAACAUUCUAAUGGUAAGAGCUGUUUGACAGUACAGACAUAGCUAUUGGCCACAGUAUGUUACCUGAACCGCCAAACUGUGAUAGCGCUUGGAUGGAGAGCAGUUCAGAAGUAUUGUGAAGAGCUGUUAGACAGUGGAAAGGUCUUCCUCGGGAGGUGGUGUACGCUCCUUCCUUGGAGGUCUUUAAGCAGAGGUUGGAUGGCCAUCUGUCAGGGAUGCUUUACUUGAGAUUCCUGCAUGGCAGGGGGGUGGACAUGACCUUCAGGGAUCCUCAGGCAUCUCCUCCAGGUUCUGCCCAGGCUGUGAUCCACCACCUGAGAGCCACAGGCUUUCUUUUCAUUCUUCAGCUUAUGCCAGAGAACCAAGCCUCAAGCAAGAUGUGUGACUUUAAUCACCAAAUACCUGGGGGAGAGAACAGCAGACAAAUGUUCAGAUUGAGCUGGUCCAGGUAGAACCCCUCUCUCCCAUUUCUCCCUGAUGUCAUGUGCUUUGCUGGGCCUGCUCUUUCAACAUCUACACUUUCAUAGAAUCAUAGAAUUGUAGAGUUGGAAGAGAUCUUGAGGGUCAUCUAGUCCAACCCCCUGCAAUGCAGGAAUCUCAACUAGAUCAUACACAACACAACAGAAGGCCACCCAACCUCUGCUUAAAAACCUCCAAGGAAGGAGAGUCCACCACCUCCCAAGGGAGAUUGUUCCACUGUUGAACUCUCUGACUGUCAGAAAGCUCUCCCUGACGUUCAGUCAGAAUCUCUUUUCUUUUAACUUGAAGCCAUUGUUUCGGGCUCAGCCUCCGGAACAGAAGAAAGCAUAUCCCAGUGAACAGCAGCUCAGAUCUCCCUAUCGUAAGGAGUCCCUGCACAACUGAGGUCCCAAUCCCAUGGGAGAGCCUGUGCCUGUGCAGAUGUUCUUAGAUUCCCUCCAGGAAGCCCCUGUGGUGUGUGGCUGCUGGGGUCCAUGCUCUGAACAUGAGCGCUACAUACAGAGGACAGCAUGAAGAACAGGGUUCCCUGGGCAUCUGAGAAAAUUGUCCAGUGCCAGAGAAGCCAAGGCCAGAGCAGUGAAUCAUCCGUCGUUACUGCAGGCCCCUCCCCUGUGGGCAGGACCUUUAGGCCUGCAGGUUGUCUGAGAGCACAGCCUUUGCAAAAUACAGGGCUAUGUCCGUGGCAGGAGGGCACGGGGGGUGGGGGUGGCAUACCAUCCAUGUUCCUCCGCAGAUGGAAUGGCAAUGCUGUAAAGUUGGCAUCAAAAAAGGUGUGAAUCAGGGGCCUCCUUUGGAAGGAAAGUGCCUCUGCUCUGACUGUUCUGCUUUGCUAAUCAAGUCAUAAGAGGCUUUAAGGCACUGCCUUCCUGGGGUGCUAUAAUAGCAGAUAAUGAAUAUUUAGCUAGAUUUUUACAGUUUAAUAUCCAAGAUGGCUGGCAGGCAAUAACUCUGAACAGGCACAGUUUCAUUUUUCAGGGUUAUUUUUUCUUAAUUUUUUUCCCUGCAGGCACCAAUGCGGUUAGAGAAUCUGUUUUAAGCGAAUGCAAUAAAAUCUUCUUAGAAUAUCCUAGUGAUGCAAUUAGCAGAUUUAGCUCUCAAAUUUCCAUGAAUGCACUGUAUAAUUUUAAUAUCUAUUGACUGGGGCCUGAGUAAAUAACUUGGUGACUUCUCAGACUACCUCUUUACAGCUUCUUGGAUAAAAUGUCAAAAAGCAUUUUAACAUGAAUGUUGCUCACUUCAUGAUAGUAAGUUCAAGUAGCUGAUUUGCCUGCAGGAAAAAGCCAGCACAGAUAAAACUCUAGAAAGUAACCUUUCAGGUACCCUCAAACACAAUAAACUUCCAUGGAGCUGCUUUGCACAUUCAAGCCUGGCCACCAUCUGCUUCAGAAUGUGGUGGCAGAAUACUAAGAUAUAUUGUUUUAGAAAACAGGUAGCAAAUACCAUUUAAAAAUAGAUAUUUCCUGGGGGGGGGGACCCCCAAACCCUGCAAGGAGAAAUUUUCAUCAUAUAUUCCCUCUAAUACAUCUGGAACCAAUCUGUGUAAAACUCUCAUCAUCUGCCAUGUGGGGCAGAUCCACCCCAUAUCUUUAAAGCACAUUCAAUAUUCAAAGUGGUGACUUCCCCAAACUAAACCUUGGCGCUGUAGUUUGUUAAGAGUGCCAGAAAUCGCAGCUUUGUGAGGAGAAAUCUACAUUUCCCAGGAUUUAGGGAGGAAGUCAUGUACUUUAAGUGUAUGUUGAAUGUGCUUUAAACAAAUGCUCUGGAUCUGCCCCCUGCUCAUGGUUGCAAUGGGGUCAUAUGAGCUAAUAUAUCUGUUCUUCUUCCUAGGUUGCAAACUUGCUCAGGCUUUUCCAGAUUCCUCAGAUAAGCUACGCCUCGACCAGUGCCAAGCUGAGUGACAAGUCUCGCUAUGACUACUUUGCACGGACGGUGCCGCCUGACUUCUACCAAGCCAAAGCAAUGGCUGAGAUCCUACGGUUCUUUAACUGGACUUACGUGUCAACGGUCGCUUCUGAAGGAGACUAUGGUGAAACAGGCAUUGAAGCAUUUGAGCAAGAGGCACGCCUCCGAAAUAUAUGCAUUGCCACCUCUGAGAAGGUUGGUCGCUCCAAUAUUCGGAAGUCCUAUGACAGCGUUAUCAGAGAGCUGCUCCAGAAACCCAAUGCCAAGGUGGUCGUCCUCUUCAUGCGCAGUGAUGACUCCCGGGAGCUGAUUGCUGCAGCCAACCGAUUCAACGUUUCCUUCACAUGGGUUGCCAGUGAUGGGUGGGGAGCACAGGAAAGUGUUGUGAAGGGCAAUGAGCAUGUUGCCUAUGGCGCAAUAACUCUCGAGCUUGCUUCUCAUCCGGUUAAAGAAUUUGAUCGAUACUUCCAAAGCCUCACCCCUUACGCUAACCAUCGCAACCCCUGGUUCAAGGACUUUUGGGAGCAGAAAUUUCAGUGCAGCCUCCAGAACCGGAAACCCCACAGAAAAACGUGUGACAAACAUUUAUCUAUCAACAGUUCCAACUACGAACAAGAGUCUAAGAUCAUGUUUGUGGUGAACGCGGUAUAUGCAAUGGCGCACGCCCUGCAUAAAAUGCAACGGACCAUGUGUCCAAACACAACCAAACUCUGUGAUGCCAUGAAGCAUUUGGAUGGCAAGAAGCUCUACAAAGACUACUUACUGAAAGUCAACUUUACAGGUAAAAUGAUUAACAACACUCCUCUGAUGAGGGCACUACAAAAAUGUUGCUGGAACGAGAAAGCAUCUGACCCUGGCAUUGCUGCUUGUAGUAGAGGAAGAUUGGCAGAAGGGAAGCUGGGGAUUUAUCCUGCACUCAGAUUUUGAUCUCAAUGGGAUCAGAUGUUCAGGAAAAGUGAAAACACUCCCCUCUUUUUGGGGGGGGGUAGGGGUUUUAGGGACCUUGCCACGGUUCAUUUCUGAGCCUGGUUUGGAAAAACAUUGUCACCAUCUCUAUUCUAGAGUGGUUUGUGGUUCAGUAAAAAUAGCUUGUAUGGCGAUAAAUGGGAGUACCCCAGCACAACCACCUUAUGCCCUGAGCUCCUCUACAUCACAGCCAGUUGCCAAAUCCAAGGAAAUGUCCAUUUUUGCCUGCAAGCAUCCCAAUACACAUCCAGGGGUGGGUCAUUAACAUUACAGGACGUCUGUGAUAUUUUAUUAUGGAAAUUGGUUGUGACAAAAAAAGUUGAUAUAUUAUUUCAUGUUUUUUAACCAUUGAUUGAAUGAGGAGCCACUGUAGAUGAGGCCCAUUCUCAUGUUGCCACCCUCUCAUGGAGGAGGCACAAAGAACCACUGCGAUUGCCCCCUUCUCUCCCCAGCUCCUCUUUUCCCAGGCACAUCCUACGCCCCAACAGUGCAGUGAAUGCGUCUGUUUGUUGUAGCUUGUUUUUACUAUUCUGCCCACAAAUACUGUAGCUAAGGUAUUUCUGUCCAGUGUUUCACUAGGGAGCAAUUUUUUGUCCUAGCAAAUGAGAGCAUGAAUCAUUCAACAAAACAGCCUGCAUAAUAAGGAGAUUGAGGUGUUGGAUUAACAAGCUUUGAUAAUUUAUUAUAGAUCAUUUUUGCCAUUUGAUUUGGACUUGCUAGGUAAUCAAUAUUUCACAGCACAGGGCAGUCUUCAGGGCAGUCUGCAAUGAUGAGAUCUAUUGAUCUGACAUGUUGACAACAUUUGACACUAUCUGCAGCUUUGGCUAUGAAUUGGUUGUAGUUGUGACAGUGAUCUAACUCUGUGCCUUCUUAUCCGUACACAAGUUCCACUGAUUUUGAAGACACACAUGCAGGAGUGAAAGUGCACAGGAAAGGAAGUUUGUAUGUUACAUCUCUAUGCAAUAACAAUGAUUAAAAGAUGCUCAUUGGAUUUUUCACUGGCAAUAUAAUAAUAAUCCAGUCUUAUAAAAUAUAUAUCCCCGUAGGUCAGGCUUUUAAACAUUUACGUACCAGCAUUGUAUACAACAUCUCCAGGCAACCAGGUACUAAAGUUUUACACAACUUGGCUCUUCUUUUGGCCGCAAAUAAAUAGCAGAGGUCUGUGUAUAUGGAUGGACUAGUAACUUUGGUAAACCUAUUUUCAUGGUUCAUAUUAAUCCACUGGCAGUCAAUACAUACGGCAAGCCUAACAGUUGCUAAGAACCAUAAAAAUAAGCCUUAAUAACCCAUGCCUAACUGUUUUUCAUCCUAAAACCAAGAGACGACGUACACCUUUAUGAAUGGACAACAGCCAGCCAAUGAAAGUCUUUGACCAGCAAUAUGUUUGAAUGUAGACAAAUUAGACAAAUUCACAGAAACAUAGAAUUGUAGUACUUGACAGCUAUUUGAUGCCUGUCCACAAAAAGUGCAUGCCCAAACAAUUGAAGAUUGGUUACAAGGUAAUGUCACCGCUGGAGAACAAAGAAGAAGCAUGUUAUGGAUUUGUUCAGCCUUUUAGAAUUGGACUGUGACAAGUGGAAGCCCUGAAGCACACCCCCAGCCCCUCACAGGAACGUACCUGGUUAGGUCUCCAGCCAGCCUGAAACAAACCUUUGUUAGGUCUCCAGCCAGCCUGAAACAAACCUUUGUUGGGGACUUACAUGGGUGGGGGGAAGUUUGAGGCUGGGUGGGGAGAAUACACAUUUUCCCUUUUUUCGCCCCUGAAACCUCCUCAUAUAAUCAGGAGGAGUUUUUUUAAAACUCAAGAUGUGUGUCUGUGAACCUUACCUCCAGGCAUACUUACUGUAAACAGCUCAGGCAGGCCCAGCCCCACCUCCUUGGGCUCCUAGAGGCCUGGUCAUGCUGCCUAAGCAGCAUUAGGAGAAGGAAAGAGGAAAACCUUGUCAGUCUAGUGAAAGAGCAAGCAGGUCCUGACAUCCCACCGCAAACUAACUUGACCAAGAAGCGAGAACCCAGGAUGGAUGGGUAUGUGGUCAGUGGUCGGCACAAGCUGUGUUUCCCUCUCUACCAGUCGUCAUGUACUCCUUUUUGGUGUCUUUUAUUUUAAUGAUUGGCUUCAAAGCAUUUCUCACCUGUCUGACGUCUGAAGCAGCUGAUGGAUGAUGCUUCAUGUAUGGCAUAAGCAAAUAGCUCUCCUGCACUUCCGUGGAGCAGUAAAGCAGAUGCACUUGAGAACACCUUGCAGAAAGGUGCACCUCCCCACAUGACCUGAGUGGCACAGCCCACACUGACAGAGGUGGGUGGGUGCAAUGGGCCCCUGUAAACAGAGCACUCUGACCUGCCCACCACCAGUGGCUCAAGUAAAGUGUCACUCUAGGAAUAGGGAGUUUGAAACUUAAAAGCUCAUUCAGCCAUGGAGCUCAGGGAAGGACUUUGCUUCAGUAGCUUUCUCUUUGCCCAGCCUACUUCACAGCAUUUCUGGGAGGACAGGGGGUGGGGUACAACCAUGCACACCAUAUCAUCAUCAUCAUCGUCAUCAUCAUUUUAAUGGAUUGCAACUAGGACUUGUCAGAGGCUUGGCACGGCUAGAGCUAGUACCUGCAGAGCUGUGUGGGAUGCUCUUCCGUCCUCGGCCUGCUCAGGUGAAAGAGAGGAGUUGGGCUGGGGGGAGAACAACCACAGAAGCAGCACGGAUUGGGAAAGUAAAGCAUUGCAUCAACAGGAACUGCCAGGGAACUCUUUCUGGGUUACAAUGACCCAGGGGUGAGCUGGGAAAGUGAACUCCUUACAAGAGCAGCUCUUGAGGGAUGAGUAAGCGAGAAGGAGAUCAGGCCAGAAACACAAGAAAGUACUCAGUGAGGAGGAGUCUCAGCCCCCCUAUACGAGACUCACUAAGAUCUCUCUGAAGGAAAGAAGAGGUUUUAGGGCUUUGGGGGCCCUAUGAGUUGGUGACUCUUAUCUAGAGGGUGAUUUCAGAACAAGAUGUAUGUAUGUAAUUCACUCCAUUUUCUGUUACUGGGUGACAACCAUACUUGAAAUAUCUCAGUGUCAAGGUGUUCCAAGUGCCAAGCACUGUGCAAAUACCUGAGAGUGUUGGAAUGGCAUUGCUUCGUUGCAGCACACAAGGUGAACAGUGGUGUGGCACUGUAAGCUGCAUUACAUCAUUUCCCCAUCCACCGAACAUUAUUUCCAAUGACUGAGUCACUUUCGCAUUCUUCCCGUUUCUCCAUUCUGUAGAAGAAUCAGGUGAGAGAGGAAACAAAGCUGACACACAAACCUCACAGGCGCAGAGAGCAUGACUGAAUAUUUUAGAGCUGUGAAAGAGAACGCCACCUUGCCAUCUGUGUCAGAAGAGUGGAGUACAGAUGGACAAGACUGGCAGGCAGAGGAUUGUACAGCAAUUAUUCUUCCUCUGCCGUCUCACCUGUCAACAUGCAACAGCUGAGUCUUCUGUUUCAAAAGCUUCUCAGUGAAUCUUGAUCUGGGGCUGUGAGGAAAGCUUGCAGAGGUUGCAUAGUUUUCCCUGGCUAGUGCCAUGCCUCAUUUCUAAACAAAAUACCCCCUUCCCACACAGAGAGACAAAAGAGAGAAAGAAGAAGAAAAUCCGCUAUCCUCCAGCAGCUCACAGAUCUACCUGUCCUUUCUCAUCCUGACUGCUUCACUGCAAACUGACAUCUGCGUUUGUUUUCCUGACAUUUCCAUGGAUUUCAGUGGAGCUGCUGGUUGUCUCUUGAUUUAUAUAGCUAGAUUUAAAAAUAGCACCAAAGGCAUUUGCAGUUAUUUAUCUUUGUAAAUCAGUCAACAGAAGAGAUUGUUACCUUCGUCUGGGAUGCUAAAAUCCUCAGCUUCAUUGAGACAUCUUUUUAUUUAAAGCUGGUCACUGAUCAAUUAACUGAUUAAAAGCAAAAUGAUGUUUAAACAUUCUAGAAAAUUCUAGAAAGCUUUACUCCAGCUCCAGACAACUGUACAAACAAGUAAUCAUUUCAGUACCAUAUAACAAUUUAAAAUACAGCAGAAAACUAAAGUGACAUAUUUCAGUGCAAAUGGCCACCAGCCAUGAAAAAUGUCCCUACAAUCAUCAUCAUCAUCAUCACCGUCAUCAUUUCUAUAUCUUGAUGGCCUUCAUCUGGUAGUCACAGGGCAAUAUAAAAGAAUGAAUGAAGAAAGAAAAUAAAUACUGUGUGAUCUUAAGACAUACUAAAAAGCAUGCAGUGGACUCAGUCAUCUCACAUUCACGAUCAUAUACAUACUCACUGUUUCAAUUUCUUAGCUUCUCCCCUAAGUCUAACUGAAUAAUGUUGUUGUUGUUUAGUCGUUUAGUCGUGUCCAGCUCUUCGUGACCCCAUGGACCAGAGCACGCCAGGCACUUCUGUCUUCCACUGCCUCCCACAGUUUAGUCAAACUCAUGCUGGUAGCUUCGAGAACACUGUCCCACCAUCUCAUCCUCUGCCGUCCCCUUCUCCUUGUGCCCUCCAUCUUUCCCAACAUCAGGGUCUUUUCCAGGGAGUCUUCUCUUCUCAUGAGGUGGCCAAAGUAUUGGAGCCUCAGCUUCAUGAUCUGUCCUUCCAGUGAGCACUCAGGGCUGAUUUCCUUAAGAAUGGAUAGGUUUGAUCUUCUUGCAGUCCAUGGGAUCUUCUUGCAGUCCAUGAGACUCAAGAGUCUCCUCCAGCACCAUAAUUCAAAAGCAUCAAUUCUUCGGCGAUCAGCCUUCUUUAUGGUCCAGCUUUCACUGAAUAAUAGGUACCUUCCAAUGGCAACAAGAUGGUGAUAAUGAAAGGGUAGAUCACAGUCCCACAACUGACAAAGUUUGGUGAAAAAUGCCCUACAGACACAAACAUAGCACACCAUUAGGUGCUACACUGCCAGGAGAAGGUAUGCUUUGGGCUAGGCAUUUCUACUCAUGAGCAGGGAUAAGGGAGAAAUUUGGCUUUCCAAAACUAUCUGCGAUCCUGAAUUUACACUUCUCUACAUUUUGUGAUGCAGUUCUCCAACCAAAACAUGUGUACAAAAAGAUGCAUAUCAGGGGAAUGUGUGCAUAAGAAUCCACAUAUUAGUAAUAUGACAUAGUAAAGUGCAUUAUAUUAAGCAAAAUUGUAUCCCAAAAUGUACGUAUUAGGCCAACUUGCAUACAAAGUUUAGACAAAUGAACACUAAAAGGCUGAUGAACUUUUGAGAGGGUUAAAAAAUAUCUGAUGCAGAAUGUAACAAAACUAAAUUCACAGACCUGCCCAUCCUUAUUCAUGAAUAAUCCCUUUAGAAACAAGGCUCAAUGUGAGUAAAGUAUCUCAGAAGGCAGUAAAUACUGAGCUAAAUUUACCUCCUGCAACUCUUUAAAAAAAAUCAAGAAAUUAUUUGUUGUAUAUUUUUCUUCACUAUCCCUCAGCCCUGCCCAUUCUCCACUUACAAACAAAUCUGUCUUGCCUUUUACUUGUGGGAUUUGCUGGACUUCAAGAGGUGAAAAAACAUGCCAUGAGAGCCCAUUUCCAUGGUAACCACUUUAUUCAGGUAAAAAAAAAGCAAACGAGCCAUUGUCCAGCAGGAAUUUGUUCCCUGGCUUCUGAGCACAUACACACACACAAACUUGAUGCCCCAUCUGCACUAGUUCAGCCAUUCAGUUGACUAAAUGUGAAAAAAAUGAAUUACUCAAGCUACUCAGUUCUAUGCUAGUUCUGCCCUGGGUCAAACCUGUGCACAAGAGUGACCGUGCAUCAGGGGCAGCCACAGCCUCUUACAAGGGUGUAAGAGAGAAGACCAGCUGCACAUGUCAACCUCGACUGGCCGCUGAGCCAUCUUUCACCUCCACCUGCUCAUGAGACCCACCUUUUAAGUUUUUCCAGCAUAUCAACAUGUUUCUGGUAACUCCCUCAACAUGUUUAUUGUUUUUUCACCUAACACAUUUCAAGUCCUUCGUGUAAAAGCCCCAAGCUUUCCCCCCGGGCUCAGGAACAUUCCUGAGCCUGGACCUCGUGGGCAAACUCAGGGGCCACACAGCUCCCUGGAGCCUUAAAAAAAAAAAAGGCCACCUGGACUUGCUGCGCAGCUUCCUGCAAAGACUGCUGUGUGUCCCAGGGAGAUUGAGGCAUAUCUGUUUGACAAACAGUUCUCCACUGCUGAACAUCAUCACCUUAAUUUUGUUUCCUUUAAAAUAUAUAUAUGUAAAAUGAGGAUAAUCGCAAAUCACAGGUUGGCUGCUCAAUAUGCACAUUUCAACAUGAAGAUAGAUCCUUCUGGAAAGCCUUCACACCCCUAAUGCAUCUGAUUCCUAGAUUUCAUAUUGAUGAUAAGCACCUGGAAUUCAUGUGAAUACUAGCAAAAAGGAAGGGCACUACAUCACGAUACAACAGGAGGUGGGGGAGAAACUCACUAGCCCAAUUCAGGUAUUAUAGAAAUGUGGAAAUUUCUCGCAUAUGAGGACCAGCAUAUUAGCAUUACCUUCUCCUGCCUCUAUCCUGUGCCCUUUGUCCUGUGCAAGUUGAUGAGUGAAUGUCUGAAAUGGGAAGCCUGCUUCUGCUUGUGGAGGUGUGAUGUAGAAUCCUGGUUCUCCAGGGUUUCCAGGAUCUACAUCAUAUGGAGAGACUCUACAAGUGCAGGUGUUUCCAUCCUUCUCCAAUAGGGGUGUACUUAUUACCUCAGUGGAGUUUUCUAUGGCCCCUGAAUAGGGCUGCUGAUCACAGUCCUUAGUAUAAAAUGGGCCAGCUUGUAGCACAAUUAAGGAGAAGUUCACUAACUUAAUUGAUGGGAAUGUGACUGGAAGCUUGAAGGUCUCUCAGAAGGUAAAUGGAAACCAUGGCACCAUAGUACCUUUAAAAAAAUGCAUGUGGUUGAAUUUUUUAAACAUCCAUCAUUCCCAGGACUUGCCACUGUGAAUGUGAGCACUAGGUGAAUUUUUCCACCCAUGAAAUAAGCAUGCAUCUUAAAUUCAUUCUGCAGGAUGGAAAACAAACUCUGCAUCACAGAUGAGUAUUAUUAUUAUCAUUAAGUCUCCCAUCGUGUUAGCAGCAGGGGCUUUAGGAUCAGGGCCGGAUGUUAUGUCUACAUGGUUUGCUGUUGAAUAACUUUCCUUGGUGGGCAGCCAAAUGAAGAAAAGUAAAAGUAUCAAGUCAUUUUAUAGCAUUUCCUCUCUUUUCAGGUUGUGGGGGGGGGUCAUAUUUGUGUCAUGCAAUGCAGUGGGAAUGAAGUCUCUAGACUCUAGAUAAUUCAUUGGACUGGAAAUGGCCUCUGGACUUCUAGUUCAGAUUUGCCUGGUAAUAGCACUACAAUAACUCCAGCCCAGCCAUACAAGACAGCAAACUAUACAGUUAGUGCUAACAGGAACUAGAGCCGUAGUUUAUUUUUCCCUCAGUUAGAACCAUUAUUUGCAAAUCUCCACCAUAUCUGAUCUGGAAUACCCCUCCACCCAAAAUCAGGAACCAGCUCAGAACAAGGGUUAAAAUAUUUCAUGAAGACUGCACUUUAAAUGUAUGGAAGAGAUUUCAUCUAUUCUGAAAGUUGUCUUGCACCCUGCAGUCUUCAAGGGCAGAAAAGCACAACAAAGCGCUGCAGCAACUCACAGUGCUAGUUCACUCCUAAGACUCAGCCAAACCAUUAUUUUGUGCAAAAGCAAAAGCAGGUGAGUUCCUGGAGAGACGAUUGCAGCCCCUAUACUCUUUUGCGGGCCUUUCUGCUGCCACCCAAACCCAACCUCACAGUUUGUCUCCUUCAGACAAAUCCUGAGCUGUAAACCAUAGAAAGAGCCUUGGUUACGGUUUAUGGUUUGUCUGGAGCAAGAGAAAUCACAUGCCUGGGUUCACACUACAGAUGGGGAAGAAAUUCAAUUCAGGUCUCAUUUGAAGCUAAAUCUAUGAAAAUCCAGACUUUCUGAAAGAAUGUGCAAACUGAAGCACAGCUAUCCUUCAAAAGUCACAUUCAUCCAAAUUUUAUUAAGCAGUUCACCAAAUAAUGUUUACAAACAUACAUAUGUGUGCAUUAAAAGGAAUAUACUGGUGAAAAUAACAAACAAAAUGCAUUACAAUAGGGAAAAAAUGUGCAAAAAUGUGUACAUUAACCAAAACUGCACACUAAAUUCACACUACAAUGCUGAUGAAUUUUCAUGAGAGUUUAAAUAAUAAUAAUAUUGAAAUACUUUAUUAUCACUUGUACAACUUGUAUACAGUGAGAUUACACAUUGGGAGCUCAGAGCCGCAGCGUAUGAAUGCGCCGCCAUCUUGGAACAGUCACCAAUUGCUGCAAAUUGUUGAUAAUGGAUUUUAAGACUGGACAAAUGAGAAGCUGAGAGAAGUCAAUUUGGCAGGUCCUUCCAUUCUUGGUUCAGACAAUAUGCUAAACCAAACAGUGCCUUAGCUCACAAUUGCACAAACAGCAGAGAAAGGGCAAAGAAGCCAAGAUUGCCUCUAGCAGAGUCCGUGUGUUAUGCAGGAAACAAAUGAAGAAACAUUUUAUAAACUUAAUCCUCUGCCCAUUUUCCUGGGAGUAAGUCCCAUUAAAUUCAAGGAUUACACUGUGAAUGAUCCAAGUAUUUUUAUUGUCUGUGUGCUUACUGAUUAUCGUUAAACUCAACUAUUUGUUUCUGGUCUGCUUUUCAAAUCACCUUAGCUGUGCAACUCAGAUUUAAGUAAAACUGAACUGAAACUAGUUCCAGAGGUGUGUGAAACCAGUUACCAAACCUUUAUUCCAGCCUUCACCAACUUAGUGUCCCCCAGAUGCCUUGGACUCCAGCUCCAGCCCUCAUUGCCACUGGUGGCAAUGGCCAAGGUUGCUGUCCAACAGCCGCUGUGGGCUGGAGAACACAGCUUUACGGGCUUAAACUAGAACCAGUCACAGACUCAUCAACCUGAAUCAGGACCAAGCCCAAAGUGUUUAACAGCUCCAUUACACACACUUUUGGAAAUAUGGUACUUUCACCUAAAUGCCUCAUUGAACUGUUUCCUUGUGAACAGAUACUUGCUUUUUCAGACGAAAUAAAUAAAUAAAUAAAUAAAUAAAUAAAUAAAUAAAUAAAUUGACCAGUAGCACCUUAGAGACCAACUAAGUUUGUUCUGAGUAUAAGCUUUCAUGCUCCUGGACAAUUUUUUAAUUUUUUUAUUUAUUUUGACUGUGUCAGACCAACAUGGCUACCUACCUGAUCUUGUUUUUUCAGAUUCUUGAGUGACUAAAGCAGCAUUUAAUUCUUUAUGGUUCUGUGAGGAAUCAGAGAGGAACAUGAUGAACUUGUCCUGUGCUCAGCCAGCUUCCAUUCCUAAAAAGCAUGCAGUACUAAAAAGAAGCAAAGACUGAAAGAGGCACUUAGAAGCAGCAUAUUUCAAUGAGGGAACUUUGAAGUUCUUGGAACAGCAGGCCACCUCUUGAUCUUCACUUCCUCUGCUUUGAAUAUUCAUGUUUUCUACAAAUUCACUUGAGGAGAGCUGAUCAAAAUACAAAUUUCUGCCUCUCAGAAUGGGGAUUUCUGAAACCCAGUGGAUGGAUGGGUCUGGAGACAAACAAGAUGAGGCUGCUGAAAGGAUGAAGCACUUGCUCCUACCAUUUCUCCAUCCUAAAUCCCACUAAACACCUGGAGCAGGUUUGCUUUUGGUUUUAAUGGCAUCAGGGCCCUGUUAAAAGUUGAUAUGUAGCUUGCCUCGUAUUACAAGAUAGUUCUUGGAUCAGGGACUCUACACAUUUCACAAAAUGAAUUCUGGUAGAAUUCUGAACCAUACACUUUCAAAGUGCUCUCUCACAUUAAUAAAAAAAAUCAUUGCAUGUAGAAAAUUAGCAGAUCAGAGCAAAAUAUUUACAGUAGCACUCUUGCUUGUGAGCUAGUUUGCUAUAUAAAGAGAGGUUUCCCUCUCACCCUUGGAGCCUGAAAUAGUACAGACCACAAGCCAACUAUGAUGACAAACCACAGUGUGGGGUCCUUCCUUCCUUCCAGGGGCGUACCAAGGGGGGUGCUGUGGGUGCACCCCACUGAGGGAGGUGACAAAAUGGUGGGUGGCACUUACAGCGGGGCCUGCAGUGCGCCCGAGUCAUGCAUCUCUCCUGGAUGAGCGCCCACAGCCUCCGCGCUACCCCAAACGGGCUUGAGCACCCGUUGCCUCCCCCUCAGCUGUAGGGCGGCUGAGUGGGAGGAGGCAGGCAGACUCCAGAGGCUCCGUGGAGUGUCCUGCCCCAGCUUGCCCUGCCUCACAGGCAGCUGGCCCCAGGCACCCGAUCGGCUUGCUCCUCCCUCCCUCCCUUCCUUCCUUUUGACCUGGAGCUUGUCAUGUUGCCAGGGUGGCACAGGGAGUAAGGAGUUUCAUGGCUCCCACAAUGCUAGCAUCACUUGAAAAGGGAGUUACAAGGAAGCAACACCAACAGAGGAUCAAGCGAUGCCAUUUAACUGAGCUGCAGUUCUAUUUUUCACGGGUGUCUUUGAUAGCUGAACAAUUAUUCCAACUUUCAAUUCAUUGAUCUAAAAGCAAGAAAUCUCGGUGAAUCACAGCUCCGAAAGCACAGUCUUUGUGUGCCUUCCCUGCUGCCCACUUUAUUAUUGCAAUUACAAGCAUCAUUAUGUCAUCUUUUUGCUUCACUUUUUGUUUUGUAUUGAGUGGAAAUAUGAUGAGAUGCUACAGAUGAAAAGAGUAUCUCACACAGCAUUUUCUCUCCAGAUCACUUGGCCUAGGGCUGAACCCAACUGUGCUCUCAGCUAUAUGUUGACAAAUGCAUAUGGCUAAGAGAAAAAGAGAUGAGGCAGAGAAUUUUAAUGAAUCUUAGGCUGGUGUUACUAAUGUCCUUUUCAGAAGAACUUUGCAGGCUUUUUUCCACCUUCAGUCUCUCCAUGGGUCGGUUCUCCUGCCUUUAAGCAAAGAAAUAAUACAUCCACAGUCCUCUUCUGUUCCUGAACUGAUUCAGUGGAGCAAAGUAUUGGGAAGGGAAAUAAUGUGUCGCAGUGGUCCCUGACCUCUCUCUUCAAGGGCAGAAGGAUUUGCAAAUGGGAAGGAGGGUGUGCAACUUACAUGCUCUACAGACGGUGUCGUUUGCAUGAUGUGUGCAUCCCAAGAUUGCCAGGUCUCAGAGGUUUACUUGCAGAUUCAAGAGUUCAGCAUCCCCCUCAGGGGCUCUGGGGGGAGUACUAAAAAAUCAUAACUGGUGGCCACUGAUAGCCCUAUUCUCCAUGAAUUUGUAUGAUCUGCUUUUAAUGCCAUCCAAAUUGAACUAAUUGCCAUCAUUGAACUCUGCUCUGGGUGAAAAGGGGCUUCCUUUUAUCUGUCCUGAACCUUCCAACAGUCACCUUCAUCGGAUAGUUUUAUGAGAGAGGGAGAAAAACUGUUCUCCAUCCACUUUCUCCAUGCCAGGCCUCAUGUUAUAACCUUCUCUCUCUCUCUCUCUCUCUUAUUAAAUUUUAUUGAGUACAAAAAAGAAAAAAUAUACAAGUAACCAACUACAAAAAGUUAAAGAAAAGUACAUAUAACCUUCUUUCAAGUCACCUCUUGUUCACAUUUUCUCUAAACUAUAAAAGUCCCCAAACCUGCAAACUUUCCUCGUAUCGAUUAUUGGCAUUAUUGAUAUUGAUAUUUAAACUCCAAGUCAACCAGCUGGAGCAAAGUAGAAAAUAGUUCCUUAGCUGAGCAAACAGUUGCCAAGAAUUAAGGAAUUAAGAAUUGUGAUCAGCAUCAGAACCAAGCUCACUCACAACUCCUUUCACAUAGAAAUCUAGGCAUUAUUUUCUAGCAACCUAAUUGGGAAGUGAGGCUUUUCAGUUGUUUCUGUUAUUAGCCUUCUGCGAGUCAGACUCUUGUUGUUCUAUUGCAAAUUUCCCGAUCAACUUUCUGCCCCUCCCUGCAUUAGCACACCCUAUUUACAUAUUUAUCUCUCAAUGGAUCUGAGGAAGAACUUGAGAAUAGCAGCAUCUAGACAAAUGGCCCUAUCAAGUGGCAAAGUGAUGCUGCUGUGAAAUGGGAAGUUAUUCCUUCAGAGCUGGUCUCCCCUCCCCCAUGAAGUUCACAGGCUCACUAGGCAGACAAGCCGAUAUAUCUUACGUCCCUGGCCUCUACUACUCGGGCUGUGUAUCUAUAUUAAAUGCAAUGACAGAUCAGACUGUUUUGAAGAAUAAGGUAGAUCUCUCCACAUCUUUUUAUAAUUAAUAUUAUUAAAAAAGAGUUUCAGUUAUAGAAAAUAAAGUGAUGAAAGAAAAAAGUGCAAAAAAUACAUUAAGAAAGAGUAUAGCAUAGUACAUUAAAUAUAAUCAGUUACAUUUCCACACAUUGUUAUAUAGAUAUACAAAAAUAUUAUUGUCCUAAUUCAUGUAUGAUUAUUAAUAACCUACAAUAUUCUGAACAAACUCAUUCCAAAUGUCAAUAUAUUUGUCCAGAAAAAGUAUAUAAGUAGUCCGUUCCUCUGCUGCAAAUGUUGUCCUGUCGUCAAUUCACUGUUUGUCUUUAUUCUUCCAGUUCAUCAGGAUCAGCCUCUUGGCCACAGUUAGGGUGUGUAGAAUCCAUUUUUGUUGUCUCAUUGUCAGCUUCCAUACAAUAUAUACAGAAUAAUAUAUUCCUCUGAAAUUUUUAAUUUUCCCCCCACAGUCAUAUUUAGUGAGUAUGGGGCACUAUAAAAACAUAUGUAUCAAAGAGGCAUUAUCCUUAUUACAUCUCCAACAAAGAACUACAUUAGACAGUCUUUUUUAAAUACAAGUCCAAUAAAUCCUAAAUAUUAUUUUAUGUUGUAUAAGUCAUAAUUUAAGAUCCAUCAAUACAAUCACUAUAGAAGCUAAAACUUUUUCCCACUGCAUAGGGAGUAUUGGAAGAUCCAGUUCUUUAUUCCAUUCAUUUCUUAAAGUCUGCAUGUCAAACUUAUUUAUUGAUAAUAAAUAUUUAUGGAAAAUGAUCACUGGUUUUUUAGUUUCAAAAGAUUUAUUCCGUUGCUCCAAUAUCUCUGGUGUCUCAGAAGCUGUAAAAGCUGCCAGUCCAAACAUGACACUUAGAAGAUGCUGUAGUUGCAGAUAUUGCAGAUCUCCUCACAUCUUGCUAAAAUCUCUUAGAUGCCUCUGCCUGGAUUCUGCACAGACUCAAGUCAAGAGGAAGUGGAACCUGGGAGCAAUUCUUUAGACCAUGUUGAGCCACAAUUAUAGCCACGUCACACAUGUUCACACAUACAACAAAGAUGUUUAAAUUGAAAUGUGUGAAUGCAACAAAAGUGUAUAUCAGAUAAACAGCCAUCAAGGAAUAUAGGUGCCACUCUAGGGGACUGUGCGUGCUUGGGCACCCACAAUGAUAUAAUUAUGGGGACCAGGCACCCACAAAGCCCAUGAGCAAAGCUGGCAGGCGGCUGUAGUGCUGCCUCCAAUAAUAAUAAUAAUAAUAAUAAUAAUAAUAAUAAUAAUAAUGUAUUAUUUAUAUCCCGCCCAUCUGGCUGAGUUUCCCCAGCCACGCUGGGCGGCUUCCAAUCGAGUGUUAAAAACAGUACAGCAUUAAAUAUUAAAAACUUCCCUAGACCGGGCUGCCUUCAGAUGUCUUUUAAAGAUAAGAUAGCUGCUUACCGAGAAGGCCCUCUGUCUGGUUCCCUGUAACCUCACUUCUCCCAAUGAGGGAACCGCCAGAACAGAAGGGGACAGGAAAAACAGAACUUAAAGGGUGGGGGGCUACAUUUCUUCUUUUUCCUCCCUCUCUCACCCUAUUUCACUAGUGGGAGACAGUUGCAAUUUUGGCUACCGAGGAUAAAGAAGCAAACUGCUCAGAGCAGACUAACUCUCCCAAAUCCUUCCAAGACAGCUUGCGGUAAAAAGUGCCCGCUUCCCCAAAUCCAGCUCCAGUUCCCAAGAGUGCAAUUUCCUUUCCUUUCGUUUCCUUUUAGUUACACGGCAUAGAUGCAGCACUAUUCUCUGGCGCCAUCUGCAGGCUCCCUCACUGUCUUGCAAGGGCAGCAUUUUGAGCACACCUGUCUUCAUUCCUAGGAGGAGGAGGAGGAAGAGAAGGAGGAGAAGUACAAGCUGACUUGUUUAUCACUUGCUGCCCCUGGGGAUUUCUUUACCUGCAUGGCAUUACCUUCCUUAAUUUGCUGGAAGCUACCCAGAGUGACUGGGGCAAAUCCAGUCAGAUGGGCAGUAUAUUAUUAUUAUUAUUAUUAUUAUUAUUAUUAUUAUUAUUAUUUGUUUCCUAUAAGAAAAGCCCUUCUAAAACAGACCAAACACCCAUUUAGUCCUGUAUUCUAUUUCCAGUCAUGGCCUACGAGUCGUUUUUGUGUUUAUCCCAAACAACUGUUAUACCAUCUCUGAACAUGAUGUUUUCAUUCAGUAAUCGCUGCACACAGCUGUUGAUAGAUCCAUCCUUUAAGAAAUUUAAAACCCAUCUCUGCCAUCUAAGCCAGAUGUGAAGAAUCCGGAAUGGGGUGCCCAGUGUGGCCCUCUCCACUUCACCUGCCUUGCUUGGCACCCUCUUUGGGUGCUUUUACCCAGCUAGAAUGUAGCCUUGGCCUCUGAUCAUGCCACUUGCUUGGCUGGACAGAAAUAUUUAUUUAUUGGUGGGUGUUUUUCUUUUUGUAAAUCCAACAAAGAAUAAAAUACCAUCAGGAUUAAGGGGCUUUCUCAGGACAGUGGAGAGUGUGCUGUACCCUGGGGGUAUAGCGUUGGUGGCAAUGCUCUGUGCAAAUUGGGCAGUCAAGAAGGGUCAUGGGCGGGGGGGAGUGAGAAAUGUCCCUAGUUCCACCUGAUGAGUGUUGGGGGUUUAGAGGAAUGUCAAACAGUCUGCCAUAACUAUGCCUGGCCUUGUUUCGUGCUGCAGUCAAGCCACGUGCAUGCAGGGGACAAUUUAGGCAUGAUCUUUUGAGCUGAGGGGAGUGGGCCUGAGAAGUGGACACAGUUCCACACAAAAGACACCAUAUGUGAACCGGAAUUUGCACAUGCCAAUUUGUGUGACUCACUUCAUUAAUGGCUAUCUUUUCCCUUUUUGGCAAGGAUGAAAGAGUGUGGCUCACACCUGAUUCCAUCCUUUGAGUGGUGUCAGCUGCACUUGCUCCCGAGUUGUGAGUCUUUUUCCCAGCACACAAAGGAUGUUACUGUGAAGGCAAAAGUCUGAACCAGCCUCAUUCUUGAACCAGACUAUGGAUUUUCCUUUGAGCACAGUCAGAAGUGCUCAAUGAAGGCGGAGUACACAGUGAAGGCAGAGUGAAACAACGCGUUUUGUCAGAUCAUCAAGUUCUGUGGGCUGAGCAUUGCUAGCUGCUUUAACGAGGCUAUAAAUCAAUCUUCACAGCAGAACUAGGUCCUACUAUGAAGUAUGGCUCUCUAAACACAUUUGCAGGCCCACGUUCCAUCCACUUCACAGAACUGUGCAUCAGAGGAACUUUUUAAGGAUCACACAGUGGUUUUCCAAAAGGCCCAGAGGUGGCGUGAGGCUGUGGGGGGGAGAGGGGGAAUGGGCUUUUAAUUUCCUUUGUAAUUAGAAUUUGAUUGCUAGCAUAAAUUAUCUUGCAAUACUUCCUUCCUUUUGUGCAAGUUAUUUCCCACAGUGAAUAACUUCAAAUUAAAUGACUCUUAUCAACCCCAAGGCAUCAGUGUUUAAAAUCUCAGAGUAGGUUCCUUCAGUCUGGGAAUUAUAAAUGAAACAUAAUUAUGUUUCUAAAAAAAAAAAAUCUAUGUUGAGUUUUGAUUCCUUUUUCCCUGUUUUAAUUAUAUUGUCAUAAUUCCUCCCCCCGACACACCAAAAAUAAAAGAGUAAAUGCAAAUUGGAAUGGCAGCCAAUGGAAAUGAGAUACAAAAUUAAGAUUAACUUUUCUUCAGUUCAGAUUGUUAGAGUUGCUGCAAAUGGUACCCCUGCCCUGACCCUUGUGCAGAGUAGAAAUGAAUUUGCUCUCCAAAGUUUCAAAGCUUUACUUUAAUAUAGCUACAUAUAAACAUUAUAAAGAUACACAGUUACAAUUUAUGCUUAAACAAGCAAGCAAUGCAGUCCCAUCUUAUUUUUUAGUCCUUAAUGCAGUUCAGUAAACUUUCCUCUCUCUGGUCCCAGAGAGAGAUAAUAAACUUGUUCAUCAUAGCAGAACAUCCCCUCCAACAUUUCCUGCUGUCCUAAACCCUCAAACGGAAACAUUCAACACCCAACCGUUCCUUAGCAUGUUUACUAUAGUUAAACUCCUAAUGUAAACUUCUCUUUCUAGCAUUUCAAAUACAAUAUAUUCAAGCACAGCAUUUUAUGCACAUUAAGCAUAUAUCUUUAACAGAGCCUGGGGGUGCAGUGCCACAGAAUUCCACCAGAGGGCUGGCGCCUCUCUCUGAUUGGCUGCCAAGAGAGUUAGUCAGAAGGGGGUGGAGCCAGCACUUUGGGAGGGAGAAUAAAAGGAGAGAGAAGCCGAUAGUCUAACUAAGGGAAAGAGCAGGAGGGAGAGUUGCAGAGUUGGUUCUGCUCCGUGUGUGGAACAUCCACUCUGAGGAGCAGAAUAUCCACAGCUAGAGAAAGGAGUCUCUGAGCUUAGAUACGAAGACCGAGUGUAGUAUCUUGGGAGAGUAUUCAGACAGGAGGAAAGGGAAGGCUGAGUUUGUCAGUCAGGAGGGGAGGGAUCCUCUAGACAGAGAAGCUCCCAGACCAGUUAAGAGAGGUGUGGGGAUCCAAGGGAUGGAAGUACCUCAGGAGUGGGAGUGAGGAAAGGUUGGGAAACUGACGGAAAGUCCCCCCUUCUUUAGGAGCCAAAGUGUUAAGCUGAAACACCUACACAACCACUAAGUGAAGGAACUGAAGUGAAAUAACGGGAGAGAAGCUGAGCAUCGGUCAUCUAGGCUGGAAACCUGUAACAUCGAACUGAAGAGUAUUAACUGAAAAUAAGCAGCUGAAGUUGAAAAGAAGCUCCAUGUUUACUACCUUGUUUAGAAGCCUGAAACACCCACUAGAUUUAUUAAGUUAACUGUUCCCUGAAAGAACUUCAUCUCCCGACAAAUCAUUUGUUUUACCAACUUUACUCUGUAUAAUAAAUAUUUCUUUAUUUCUUCUGCCUGAGUCUCCUACUAUCAAAGUUUUACUUUCACACAAAACCCCAAAGUCUUCAAGAAGAUAGGAGAAACAUUGGCUGUGCAAGUAACACUUGAUGGAUAAUGUGUAAGGAAGUCUCUGAAAGUUCUAAAAACUCGGCAAGGAUGAUCUGUUUGUCAACAGUUGCUUAAUCCAGAUAGCAGGACUCAGUCUUGUGGCCAGACAUCUUGCUGUAGAGAAAGGCUAAGGGACAAUAUAUAUUUUUAAGGUGUAUCCCUCACAGAUGUUAACAACAUGUCUAAAAAUGUUAUCUGAAAAUGUGACCAAUUCCUCAAGACAAUUUUGACUGCAGCUUAGUGGCCAAUGGGGGGAAGGUUGCUUCUGCCCAUGACACCCGUGUUCUUCAUGAUCCAUGCAAAAAUUCAUUAUUGCAAAACCUUGGAUGUGUUGAGUGUGAGGGUAUAAGACAGAGAGAACAGCAUACCUUCCCCAACUCAAAAUUAUGAGUUGAAUGUGCAAAAAAUGUAGUUUCUCAGGAAGCAACGGCGUAGCUGAGGCAACUGUUUCUGAAUCAUGCUCCAGAAAUGAGUAACAAUUCUCCAUUCUGCUGUAAAAGUAGACAUAAUUGGGAUCAUGAGGCAUGAACACCUCUCCCAUCCCUUCCUGCUGCCCCAGCUGCCACACCCAUGGGGUCCUCCGCUGCCUCUUCCCAUCACCCCAAACUUAGUGGUUAGAGCAGCAAUUAUGACAGCCAUGGAGAUGCCUCUUUGCAAGGUCUCCAUUCCUCUUUAGUACUCCAGAAGAAGCAUCCUGUGCCUGAAAGACCUUGGGAGCAUCCUGUUUGCCAUAGGUGAGAACUCUUAAUUGGAAUGUCAGGCACCUGGAACUACACAUGCCAGCGCUCCGUGCAGCCGUGAUGCUGUUGUAAGUAUAUGGGGCUGCAUCACAGAUGCAAAUAGUCAUCAGACCUGUAACAUCCAGGAUGUCUGAAGGAAGCCUCAACCAUUUAUUUUGAGGGCCAUCCCAUUUUGAGGCACAACACUUUGAUGACUCUUUGUUGGAAUAUCUGAGUCUGUUUCAUCAAGACAGCUAAGCUCAUGCUAUAUGCUGUUAACCAUAGCUAAUUCUUCAUAUUCUGACAUGGAAUGGUAAUAAAGGUAGAACCAAAUUGUAAGUAAAAAACGAACAACACCAUAACUCUGUACAAAUGAUUAGAAGAUUAGUUUAUGCAAAAUUAUUUCUUUGCUGGUUUUAGCUUUGUUGAAGCUCUGUUGACAAAAAAUGAAAUUGAUUGUUUAUGCACACUGAAAAGAAGGGCAAAUGCAUAGACUAGAAACAUUGUUUUCUCUCUCUUAUUUCUGGCAGCUCCAUUCAGUUCUUCCAAAUCUGCAGACAACACUGUUAAAUUUGAUAUUUACGGUGAUGGGAUAGGCCGAUACAAUGUCUUCAAUUUCCAGCACAAUGGUGGUAAAUAUGCCUACUUAAAGAUUGGCCAGUGGGCAGAAACUUUGACCCUUGAUGUUGACUCCAUCCACUGGUCCACAGAUGUUGUUCCAACUGCCCAGUGCAGUGACCCCUGCCAACCUAAUGAGAUGAAGAACAUGCAGCCAGGAGAUGUCUGCUGUUGGAUUUGUAUUCCCUGUGAACCUUUCGAGUACCUUGCUGACGAAUUCACCUGCUCAGAUUGUGGACUUGGGCAAUGGCCCUCUACGGAUCUCACCAGCUGUUAUGACUUACCGGAAGAUUACAUCAAGUGGGAAGAUGCCUGGGCCAUAGGGCCUGUGACUAUCGCAUGCCUGGGCUUUGUUUGUACUUUCCUAGUUGUGGGGGUCUUCAUAAAGCACAACAACACUCCUUUGGUCAAAGCUUCAAGCCGUGAGCUUUGCUACAUCCUCCUCUUUGGAGUCUUCCUCUCCUACAGCAUGACCUUCUUCUUUAUUGCCAAGCCCUCGCCAGCCAUUUGCACCUUGCGCCGUCUGGGCCUGGGCACAUCGUUUGCCACGUGCUAUGCUGCCCUCCUGACGAAAACGAACUGCAUUGCCAGAAUAUUCAAUGGGGUGAAGAACGGGGCUCAGAGGCCUAAAUUCAUCAGCCCACGUUCUCAGGUCCUCAUUUGCCUGAGCCUUAUCAUGGUGCAGAUUGUGGUGGUGUCUGUGUGGCUGAUUUUGGAGGCCCCGGGCACUCGUCGAUACACCAUCCCUGAGAAAAGGCAGACUGUCAUAUUGAAGUGCAAUGUCAAGGAUUCUAGUAUGUUGAUCUCCUUAAUGUAUGAUGUGAUCCUUGUAGUCUUAUGCACUGUGUAUGCCUUCAAAACAAGGAAGUGCCCAGAAAACUUCAAUGAAGCCAAAUUUAUUGGUUUUACAAUGUAUACGACAUGCAUUAUUUGGCUGGCCUUUCUGCCAAUCUUUUAUGUGACAUCAAGUGACUACAGGGUAAGUUUUCCACCAUCAUUUUAGCCAGAUCCAGUGCAAUAUUAAAUAUUCUGCUCAGAUUAACCAAUGAAAGUCUGCUGUUUUUAUGUGUAGUGGAUAGGGAGCAGUGUAUCAUGGAACAGGAGAAUCUCAGCCACUGCUUCUUAGGCCAGAAUACACAGGAUGCUAAUGCAGGAUUGGGGCUUUGGGUUCAAGGAGAGGGGGGGUUAACCUUUCUUCUCCCUUAACUGUGGUCCAAAUGAAAAAUCACUCCACCACCCCAGUUUCCCUCCUAAGACAAACAGCAGCUUUGGGGGACAAUUUUGUUUGGACUAUGUUGGUGUAGGAAGAAAAUGAAACCUGCAGUUCUGAACCUGAUUGGGUUCCCUCACACUUGACAUUUACACAACUUAAACACACUUAACAUCACACAAAGUUUGGCACUUAGCAUGAGAGUAAGGUCAUUACAUUUACACAAGUAAAUGCAGGAAUCUUUUUGCCUAAUGUGGGGCUCAAACCCAUGACCCUAAGAUUAAGUGUCUCAUGCUCUACCGAAAGAGCUGGAUGUCAUCUUUGUAGUGCUGGAGGGAAAGCAUAUAUGAGAUGGUAGUUGGAAGUAUAAGCACUUGGGUGAAAAUUUGGUCAAUACUAUUCAGCGGCAGCUUAGGUCUGAAUAUUAAUGGCUCAAGGACAAACAAUAGUAAAAGUCUGUUGCUUGCAGGAAAAUUUCAAGCAGGGUGUGAAGGCAUUUAACUAUUGUUGGAGAUUGUUCAUGCUGGACUACAUGAACUCUUGAUCUGAUUCACUGGGACAUAUUUUUGCUCUUCUGCUCCUAUGUUCCAAAAGGAAUUGAGUUUGUCUUCCUGUAUGUCUGGAGAAUAAGGCUGCUCAUCAUGGUGGCAGCAUGAGUGCUGUUGCGUUCCCACCCUGCUUGUGAGUUCCCCAUAGGCAUCCCAUUGGCCGCAGGGUUCGAGGGGCCUCUGGUCUGAUAUUGUGUUUGUAUUGGGAAUUCAGAAUUCAUUCCUGCUGACCCUUCUGGUUUUUCUCCAUGCAGGUUCAGACCACAACCAUGUGCAUCUCUGUAAGUCUCAGCGGCUUUGUUGUCUUGGGGUGUCUGUUUGCCCCCAAAGUGCAUAUUGUCCUCUUCCAGCCACAGAAGAAUGUGGUCACGCACAGGCUGCAUCUCAACAGGUUCAGCGUCAGCGGAACAGGAACCACUUAUUCCCAAGGUAAUUAAAGAUCAUGGCUGCUGCCUUCAGAGGCCCCCCCCCCAAUUCUUGCUCUCCUAAUUUCUCCAUCACUUGGUGGGGUGGGGGGAGCAGGCAGAGACAAAAGUGGGCAGAGAAGCACGUGUGAAUUCUACCUUUGUGCAGGAGGCUGGUUGCCAUGUGCAAGGGCAUAUAACAUGCCCCCCCCCCAACAAAGUAAGACUCUUUAUUUGAGGACAGUUUCCAGCCAGGCUGGAGAUGCCUGGAGGAACACAUUUGGUCCCAGGGGGCUGCGAUUUCCCGGUCGUGGUUUACGGUAAUUGAAUUUUGAAAUAAACAGCGCCAAGGCGGGUGGGAAGUAGCAACUGAAACACCCAGUAUUGAAACAGGGGGGGACUUGGGUCUUUCAAAUUUCAGCAGCACCCUGUGCAAGGCAAAAACUGCUCUGCCCGUCUUUCCCCUUCCGUUCUGCUCAAUUCACUGCAUCAUAUUGUGAUGCCCUGCAGUGCCCCCUUUGCCCAGCACCCAGUCCGGAGGAACCUGUUGCGCUGCUCUAAAUCCGCCUCUGGUUGAAAGCAAGCAAUAAAAAACCAGCAUUGGUUUUAUUUUUAUUUUUAAAAACCCCAAGUUCCAGAAAUGGGACAGACGCAACUAGGUUGUUUUUUAAAGACACUUAUAAAGCAACCAGCUCAGCAACCAGCUUGCUAAGAGCCACAGAAGAGGCAGGAAUCUAAGGGGAGCUGGUCAGGCAUGCAGGAUGGACAAAGCCCUUCACCUGCUGAAUUUCUGCCUCCCAUGCAGUUCUUAACAAACAGCACCGGAGAAACAACUGGUAUAGAAAAUAAGGGUAUUCCCUUUGUAUUUUCUUUCAACCCUUAAACAUGCACACAAAACACAUGCUCAAAGCCUGCAUGAUCCAGCUGAUAAGAGUCCUGGAUACACAGUGCAAGAAUUCAUUGAGUUCCUUUGGACAAGCAUCACCUUCAAUUUAUAUCUAUAAAAGCUAGGUGUGUGGGGUUUAAUUGGUAGAUCAGUCAACUGAACCAGUGGUAGUUUGAUUGAACAAUUGAUUUACUUAGUUGCAAUACUUAUUUCUCACUUUUUAUCCCUGAGAGGCUUUAAAAGUGUCUUGCACAAGAAAAGCGUGCUCUAGUUCAAUAACAUGUUGCUUCUAAGGUGCCUAGCAGCUCCCUGGGGCAACACUUCCCUCCCUCAUCCUUGGUCUUCACCCUUCAGCUGCCAUCUAGGAGCAAGGCCUUCUGAGGUGAGGGAGUGGAUCUGAGCAGCUGAAUGGUGCUCAGGCCAUAAGGGGGACAAAUCCUGCCUUGCUUGCAGUUGCCAAGGGACAACUCUCCCUGAUGUCUUCUGAGGCAAGAGACUGGAGGUGAGCACCUGAACUCCCCCAGCCCAAGACGGGGGCAAAUCUUCCUUUGACUGGGCUCUAAUAAACUGAAAGCAACUGAUUACUGGAUUACUGAUAAGAGGCAUUACAUAAGCCAGAGGAUUUUGAAAGUGCUGAGACUUAUUUGCUAAAAAUCUCUAGCCACUGCAAUUCUCAGGAUUCCAUACUUCAGAUUUAUGGUAUUUUUGAAACUGUGGCCUACAUUUAUUAUUUAUUAUUUUAUUUAUUGAAUUUAUAUACUGCCCUAUACCUGAAGGUCUCAGGACUGUUCACAGAACAAAAUAAGAAUAUAAAACCACAAAAUAUAUAAUCAAAAUGAAAGCAACAACCCAAUAACCCCCCCCCCCCAAAACCCCACAUUUUAAAUAGGAUGCCCUACCUAAUGGCUGUUUCUGUAUUAUCAUCUGUCUGGUGUUAAGGCAUUUAGUUCUCCUCUUCAUCAUUUCAAGACCAAGUGCUAUUUGCACUUGUAUUAAAAACUCUCUGUAGCUCCUGGCAAUGUUUCUCUUUCAGCCUCUGCUAAUGUGUAUGUGCCAACCGUCUGCAAUGGAAGAGAAGUUGUGGAUUCCACCACCUCAUCUCUGUGAUCAUACAGCUGGCGCUGGCAUUCCUAGACAGCUGGGAAGAAUUGCACAUUUCUUGUGGACUCUGGAAAAAGAACAUUUUUUUUAAAAAAAAAGACUAGCUUUUUUUUUCUAGAAACAGUGUAAUAAAUUAUUUUUGAGGACUGUACAGUAUAUAGUGAUGUUCUUUUUAGAACAAAUUUAGAGCCUUCUGUGAUUAACUGUUCUAAGGGAUGUUGCUGUGCCACCAUGUUGACUCCGCAGUGAGUGGAAGGUUGGCUGCCAUGUUUGGUGGCUUUCUUUCUAAUGAGACUUUUUGUAAUUCCUUGUUGUAAUUUACUUAGACCGCAUUUCUAUGUUGUAUAUUAUGGUUACAUUCUGUGCAACAAAUGGUUUUCACAGCUGUAUUAAUUAAUGUAAAGUUGUCAAUAAUAAAACCUGAAAAGCUUUUCAGC